AUGUAUUUUCUCUCUCUCUUUCCCAGACAAAAAAGACGGAAUGAUGGGCACUUUUUCUCAUUGUUUCCUUGUUGUUGUUUUUGGGUGGGAUCAAAGGUUGUGAAUGUUAUGAGCUCCAGUAUUUACUCUCGUGAGGACGAGAAGCGCCUGUCAGAAUUGCUGGAGCGGGUAAACUGGGGCGGGGAGCUUUCCGAGGAGGAGCGGCUUGAACUGGCUCGGCUUAAGAGGCUUUAUCAAGAAUUUAUUGAAGAAGGGGAGCGGCGGCUGCGGCUGCGUGGAGGGCACGAGAAGGCUGCUGCCACAAACUCUGACGGCCCGGGCGAUGUGCUCCUCACUUUACAAGAGAGUGUAGCCUGUGCGGGAAAGGCGGCGUAUUUUUGGGGUUCUCUUGUUGCCACUCUUGUGCCGGGCUACUUUGGACGCAAAGUUGGCCUUACGUCGGGUUUUUUGCACUGGAACUUUAUAACCGAUCGACUUAUUCUCGGUGCUCUUCCCGUGGUCACAAGGGUUGGUAGCAGUGGAAACCAUCUGGUGCAGAUACGAGAACAGUUGGAGUCUCGUAAGCAGAAGCUAGGCCUUGUUAUUGCAUGUCUAGAGGAUGCGGAAGUUCAGGGUUUUGGUCUUCAGAUGAUCAGUUUUGCCGAUGAGUCGAGUUGGCAUGAAUAUGUUAGUCCUGCCGUGCGGUAUAUUCGUCUGCCGAUGCCAGAUACUACGGCCAAUAUAUCUUUUGGUAGCGUUUUGUAUGCCGUGAAACAGAUGCAUCACUGCAUCAAGGAGCAGAAUUGUGUGGUUUAUGUACAUUGUAAGGCCGGAAAAGGACGUAGCUGGAUGGUGACAAUGUGCUAUCUGACUUCCUACGGAGGGAUGACGUUUGACGACGCGGAGCAACUAAUUCGUUUUACCCGUUCGCAAAUUAAUCCUUCACCAUCUCAGCGGGCAUUUGCAGCUCAAUUUGCCUCUCGAAUACCGGCGCAAAUAAGUGGAAGUUGA